GCAGUCCAACAGAGGGCAAAGUGCAAGUAUCAUGCACUCGAUCUUUCUGUUUCUCCCUCCCCCUGUCAGUCUCCACCUCAUUUUCUACAACAGUUCACACUCAGACUUUCACUCAUCAGGCUCCUGUGAUUCUGACUCCUUGUUACCUGCAACAUCUGUAAAGGACGCCGAUGUGCGACAGAAACCAGCCAUGGAGGAACAGCAGAGAAUCGAUCUGACCUACAUCACUGAACGCAUCAUCACCAUCUCCUGUCCUCCUGAUGGUCCAGAGAGGGUCUACCUGCAGAACCUGCAGGAGAUUAUUGUCAUGCUGCAGUCCAAGCAUGGACACAACUACAUGCUCAUCAACCUCUCACAGAAGAACCACACUCUGACUCAAAUGAACCACAAGAUUCUGGACACAGGUUGGGUGGAUCUCCUGGCUCCCAACCUUGAUCAUAUCUUCAGUGUAUGCACUACGAUGGAAAACUGGCUCCAGAUGCAUCUGAAGCAUGUCCUGGUGUUACACUGCAGGGGAGGUAAAGGCCUGCUUGGGGUCCUGGUGGCUUCUUACAUCCACUUCAGCAACAUGUCAUCCAGUGCAGACCUUUCACUCGACCACUUUGCCAUGAGGAGGUUUUACAACGACAAACUGUCUGCUGUGAUGACCCCCUCCCAAAAACGGUACGUGUGGAUCUUGGGGUCGAUGUUAAAGCAAGGACUGAGGAUGUGUCCCUCUCCAUCUUUCCUCCUCUGUGUUGUUCUUCACCAUGUUCCCAAAUUAAGACCAGAAGGAGGAUGUUGUCUCUUCCUGAGAAUUUACCAGAGUCUACAAGCUGUUUGCACGUCAGCAGUCUACCAUGUUAAUGCAGCUCAGACUGACCAGCUCUAUUUUGUGCUGCAGCCAGCCCAGCUGCUCAAAGGGGACAUCAUGGUGGUUUGUUAUGAUAAAAACAGCCGCUCCUCCAGCCGUCAGGUCGUCUUCCGUCUCCAGUUUCAUACGGGCCUCGUACACGGACACCCUCUCACCUUCUCCAAGGCGGACCUGGAUGUAGCCAGUGAAGAUCCUCGGUUCCCAGAAGAUGGAAAAGUGGAGCUGUUCCUCUCUGACAGCCCUGAAAAGAUUGCAGGCAGAGAGCUGUGGCACAACGGACAUGGUGUGACAGUGGACUAUGACACCUUGGACCCUCUGGUCAGGCGAGAUUCAUAUCAAGACACAUCCUCACUGGAGACAGCUCCUCUCCAUGUUUUGGAUCCUGGACAUGGCAGUUUAUACUCCAGAGUGAGGAAGAAGAGCAGUGAGGAAGGAGUUCUGUUUGCCCUGACCACCAACAGCCCGAGCUGCAGUGAGCGUGCUCCGUCUGCCAGUAGCGACUCAGGCCUGUCAGUCGCCUCACAGGGCCGCACCAGAGUCUCACAGAGGAGAGGGGCUGCGGGGGAGAAGAUCACCCAGGCAGGGAAGCUUUUCCCUGGGCUGGACUUUGAGAUUGCUCAGCCUCUUCUGGAGGUCAUGACUGAGCUGGCUGCGGCCGGUGGAGGAGGGGAGGGGGAGAUGGUUGGAGAUGAAUCUGGACUUGGACACACUAUUAACGGAGAGGCUUCGUCCAGUGAGAGGGAAACAGAUAUAUUAGAUGAUGAGGAUGAAGCAGAUGAUGUUGCAGCUUCGCCUUUGGAGAUGCCGAGCUCGAGCAGCAUCUGUUUUCUCUCCUCUGAAACUCACACUGAGUACUCCACACACUCCUGGGUCCGGCAGCAGCAGAUGGUUGACGCAGUCACUGACUCCUACCUUGAAGCUGAUGGAGAGGGGAGGCUGAACGGGGAGAGGAAAGAGGGGCCUCCACCUCUGGUCACUCCUGACACACCACCUCGAGGACUGAGCAGCAGGGAGGCGGUGCAGAGAGGGCCGGUGGACGAGGAUGUCACACAUAACAUUGAUGUUACGGACACAUCUUCAUGCCAAGAGGAGGAUUUGGAGUCUUUAACAACAGAUGUUGACGAGUCCAUAGAGCAGCUGAACCAGCUGAUCUUGGAUUUGGACCCAACCUUUGUUCCUGUCCCAACCCGCUGUGUGCCCCUGUCCCGCUCCGCCUCACUGCAAACAAACGGCCUCAGCCACAAAGGAAAUAAUCAUCUGUCAGGUUGGAGGGAGCAGAAGCAGGUCAGUGAUAUGGUGGACUACGGUGGUCUAAAUACUCCAGCAUGGAGAAGGGGUGGCUUUCAGAGUUUCAGAGGAUCCCCGAUCAACAGUUCAUCCUCCUCCUCACCAUCCCAGUAUGGCUUCUCCUACAAAACCAACAGUGUGGACCAUCAGGGACACACCGACAGCUCAAGCAUCGUCCCCUCUACUCCAGCCUUCCCUGUGUCUCCUGAGACGCCGUACGUGAAACAUUUCUCAGAGUUUUCCCAGCUCCGGACCGGUGGGCAGUGGGAACAACACAACUGGACACAAGAUUCGCGGAGUUUCCUGGACAGCAUGAACCACGCCGGCGGCCCUGCUGAGGGAGAUCUGUUCAGAGCAGACGUGUCGGUCACUCCUGCUUCCUGUCAGAGGAUCUUUGGCUCCAUGUGCUCUAUGUCAUCAGACAGCCCCCUCCCACACACAGACAGCUCCACUCCUCCUCCUGUGUGGCAUGACCGAACUCCAAACUCCCUGAACUCCCCAUACCCUCCGCAGCCCUCCCCUCCUCUCUCCCUCAGCACCCCCAAUGCACACAGCUCUCCCCGGGGGGCCCUGAGAAGCCUGGGUGGAGGUCCAGGGGUCCUCAAGGAGACGGACAGCACAGACUUAUCCUCUUUGUUGUUGAUGGGCAAUGGUGGCCUGGAGCACAGCCUGCUGGAGGCCAUGGAGGGUCUUGGGAGUCUGAACAUCGGGGUAGAGGGGAUCCUUCCUCCGUUGCUGCCUGAGAAGAGGAGAGCGGGCGAAGUGGGAGAGCUCAGCUCACGCUCUCCCUCUCUGAGCGGGUUCUCCAGCCCUCACAGUGGCAGCAGCAUCAGCAUCCCGUUCUCAUCACCCAUGACCCCUGACCCCCUCAGAGGAAUGAGUGGGGCCCCAUCCCCUGGAGCAGACUUCGGCAGUAAGCAGUACACUGUGAAGUUUGUCCAGGACACCUCCAAGUUCUGGUACAAGCCCGACAUCUCCAGAGACCAGGCCAUCGCGGUGCUGAAGGACAAAGAGCCGGGUUCCUUCAUCGUCAGAGACAGUCAUUCUUUUAGAGGGGCGUAUGGACUGGCUAUGAAGGUGGCCACGCCGCCUCCAUCUGUGCUCCAACAGAGUAAGAAAGGGGGAGAUCUUUCCAAUGAGCUGGUGAGACACUUCCUGAUAGAGUGCACACAGAAAGGUGUCCGCCUGAAGGGCUGCCCCAACGAGCCUUACUUCGGGAGUCUCACUGCUCUGGUGUGUCAGCACUCGAUCACCCCGCUUGCUCUGCCCUGUAAACUCAUCCUGCCAGACAGAGACCCAGUGGAGGAGCUGAGUGACUCGUCUACACAGACAGCAACAAACUCAGCAGCAGAGCUUCUCAAACAGGGAGCAGCAUGUAACGUGUGGUACCUGGGCUCCGUGGCUCUGGAGUCUCUGACGGGACACCAGGCAGUGCAGAAAGCGACCACGCAAACUCUCUCCAUGGACCCCCCACCUGCCUCCACCGUUGUACACUUCAAAGUGUCAGCACAGGGGAUCACGCUCACUGACAACCAGAGGAAAUUGUUCUUCAGGAGACAUUACGCUGUCAACACCGUCAUCUUCUGCUCUCUGGACCCACAGGGCAGAAAAUGGACCAGAGAUAGCGGUUCUACUGCAAAGAUCUUUGGAUUCGUAGCCAGGAAAUCCCAGAGUGACACUGAAAAUAUGUGCCAUCUGUUUGCCGAGCAUGACCCCGAGCAGCCGGCGAGCGCCAUCGUCAACUUUGUCUCCAAAGUCAUGAUCGGGUCACAUAAGAAGUGAGCAGAAAGAGACUCCCUGAAGAGCAGAAAGCUGGACUGAGGAUCAACAACAGCAGCCAAAAACUAUGAACCAUACACUCCAUAACACGCUCUGAUUGGUGGUCUGUCCUGCGGAAUGAACUCGAGUAGUCUAUACUGAAUGCACUGCAGGCUACCACCAGCAGAGGGAGCAGAGACUGUCAUGUAUAAAGUUAAAAUCUACACCAGGAGGCUGCAACUACUUCAAGAUGCAUUAUUGGAAAUCUGUAUAGUUUGAAUAAAGUUACAGACAUUAAUCUCCAAUGGAUCCCACAUGAAAAUAACAUUCUGUCACAUUUUAUCUGACUUGUCAUUUUUAAAAUGCCUUAUGAAACAGACACUACUUGUCAUUGGUGGUCACACCUGGCAAAUAUAACACACAUACUUCUGAUUAAACCUGAAGAACAUUAAAUAUUCUGCAGAUAUUGUAAUGGUUGUAGCUUAUUCAUGUUUAAAGCAAGAAUUCUGUGCAAUCCAGAGUCUCAUUUUAAAGCAAAACAAAGCAUCUUGUCACAUGGCAAAGCCAGUGAUGUGGUUGCCCUGUGCAUCAGAUGGAUUUAUUGUGUUGUGUUUAUAGUAUUUAUCCCUUUAUAUAGAUGUGUAAAAGUUGUUUUUUUUCAUUGUCAUAUAUUUUUGUAUAUUAACACACACUGUACAUUAAGAAUAAAGGAAGUGUACCUCUGAAUUUACUCAGCUAUGUUACAUGUUGUAUUUUUAGAUUUUUAGAUCAGUCAGUAUUUGUCUUUAACAGUGA